GCUGAGUCAGACAGACCCGAGUGACAAGCCCAGCUUCACUCCCUCUCAGCUGUAAGAGCCAAGAUUUUCUUGAUUUCUGGGGCUUCCCCAGGGCUCUGAUGCCAACACACUAGAGUCUCUAUCCGCCUUGUCCUGUAGCCAUGGCCGAUAUGUCAAUACCAUUGCAUUCACUGCGAUUCAACAAUAUGAUGAGGGAGGAAAAUGCUGACUCCCCAAACAGGGGGGCAGCUUUCUCUAGACCAAUGGCAGAGACCAGAGCAGAGGUUCAAAUCCUGCACUCUCCAUUGCAGUUGCCUAUAGUCUCCACUUCAGCCUCAGAUCCCGGAGGGACAUCUACACAGCUGAUGACAUCCCCAGCCUUUGACAUUCUGCCCACCACACCUGUCAUGGGAACACCACACUCUGGGACAUUGUCCCCACAGCUGAUGUCAGCCUCAGACUCCGGGACACUGUCUCCCCUGCUAAUGACAGCCUCAGAUUCUGGAACACUGUCCCCACUUCUAAUGCCAGUCUCAGAUUCCGGGACACUGUCCCCACUGUUAAUGCCAGCCUCAGAUUCUGGAACAUUGUCCCCAUUGUUGUCUACUUCAGACUAUGGAUUAAUGUCUCCAGGGAUGAUGACAAUUCCUGACUUUGGGACUAUGUCCACAGCACUAAUGGCAGCACCAGAUUCUGCAGAGGUAUCACCGCUGGCGAUGCCAGUUCCAUCCUCUGGAGUGGUAUCUGCGCCCAUAAUGAGUACUUCAUCCUCUGAAGCAUCGUUAAUGCUGGGAUCAGAUCCUGGUGAGAUAUCCCCUCUCCUCAUUCCAGAUAUGAACCCCGGAGUGGCAUCCACACCACCAAUGACAGCUCAAGGCUCUGAAGCAAUGUCCCCAUUGCAAAUUACAGAUGAGGAUACAGAAGCAAUGUCAAAGGUGUUAAUGACUGCUUUAGCUUCUGGGGAGAUAUCAUCACUGCUAAUGUCAGGUACAGACUCUGAAGUGCUAUCUUCUCUGAUCAUGUCAGCCCUUGCUUCUGGAGAGACCUCAACUCAGCCAACAAACCCUCAAGACUCCGAAGGAAUUCCUGUGGAACUCAUGUCAGGCUCAGACUCUGGAGUCAUGUCUUCACUGCCUAUGCCAGUUUCUGACUCUGGAGCAAUGUCUGCACCACUGCUGUCAGUUCCAGAUACUGGAGAUAUAGCCACAGUACCAAAGUCGGCCCCAGAGGCUGAGGUGAUGUCCCCACUGCUAAUGACUGCUCUCACCUCCACAGUGAUGCCCACUCAACUGAUGUCAGCAUCUGGUUCUGGAGUGAUGUCCCCAGACAUAGCACAAAAUAUCAACCCUGAAAUCAUGUCUGCUCCACCAGGAAGAAUCCCAGCCACUGGAAUGAUGUCCACACUACCAGGGAGAGCUUCUGAUACGGGGACAAUGCCCAUACAGCUAAUGAGAGUCCCUGCCUCGGGAAUUAUGGCCACAUCACAAAAGACAGUUCCAGUCUCUGGAUCAAUGUCCACUCCAGUGAUGGCUGCCACAAGCCCCGGGGCAAUGUUCACAGAACAAAUGUCAACCACAGCCCCUGGUGUGAUGUCUACACAUUUAACAAUGGCCAAAACACCUGGAACAAUGCCCAUGGGCUUUAUGAAGGCCUCACCAAAUGGAGCAGUUUCUGCACAGCGAAGAAGAGCUUCGACUUCUGGAGUGAUGUCCAUCCAGCCGGGUAUAGCUACAACCUCUGAAAUAACGCCUGUGUCACAAUCAACAGUUGCAACCUCUGGGUCAGUGUCCACACAGAAAAUUCGAGCUCCUGUCACUGGACCAAUGUCUACAUCACAAAUAAGAACCACAGCCUCAGGAUUGACAUCUACACCACAAAUGAGAGCCACAGCCUCUGGAGCAGUGUCUACCCCACUAAUGACAGCCAAAGCCUCUGGAUCAACAUCCACACUGCUAAUGAGAGACACAGCCUCAGGAGUGAUAUCUGUGCCACAGAUGAGAGCUCCAGGCUCUGGAGCACUGUCCAAGCCACUAACGGCAUCCAAGGCUUCUGGAAUGUUCAUGCAACCAAUGACAACUGCAGCUUCUGGAGCAAUGCCCGCAUCACUAAUGAGAGACACAGCCUCUGGAGUUCUGUCCACGCCACAGACGACAGAUCCAGCCUCGGGAGGCGUGUCCAUACCACUAAUGAGAGCCGCAGCUUCCGGAGCAAUGUCUCCAUCACAGAUACCAACCACCACCUCUGGAGGCAUGGCCAUGCCUCUAACAAGAGUCCCAGGUCCUGGAGCAUCAUCCUCAUCACUAAUGAGAGCCACAGCCUCUGAGAAGAUGCCUAGUCAGUCAAUAAACAUUCAAGACUCUGGAGGCAUAUCCACACCACUCACGAGACCCAUUGCUUUGGGAGGGAUGCAGAUGAGAUCCCAGGGCUCUGGAACAAUGUCCACACCCCUAACAAGAGCCCCAGAUUCAUCAGACAUGGCUCCAUUGCUCUCAAAAGCCUCAUCCUGUGGAGAGAGGCCUCUGCUACUAAUGAGACCUCCUGAUUCUGGAGAGACAGGUUCAUCGCCAAGAGCCCUUGUUUAUGAGACAACAUCUGCUCCACACAUGACAGGUACAGCCUCAAGUAUGAUGUCCAUGCCACCUCUGAGGGUUUCAGUCCCUGUAUCAGAGUCCACACCAAUUCUGAUACCCACAGAUUCUGGAGUGAUGUCCACGCCACUGAUGAGAACCCCAGCUUCUAGAGCAAAGUCCAUAUCUCAAAUGAUGACCACAACUUGUGAAAAUAUGUGUCCACUCCCCGUGAGAGCUCCAGUCACUGCAGGGAUAACUCCACCACCAGUCAGAGCACCAGCCUCUUCGGCCAUAUCUACAACACUUAGGAGACCCUCUGCUGGAGCUGUGGCCACAGGGUUAGAGAGAAUUCCAGGUCCUGGAAUUAUGUCCACCACACAACCAGCAACUAUGAUGUCUGGAGAGAUGUCCAAGCCACCAAUGAGGGCUUCAGUCUCUGGAACCAUGCCCAUGCCUUUGAUGUCACCCAUGACUUCUGGAGAGAUGUCUAUGCCACUAAUGAAAACCAUGCCUUCUGGGACAAUGUCAACUCUACAAACCAAAGUCGUGAGCUCUAGAGCUACAUCCUUGCCACAGCCAACAAAUUCAGCUUCUGCGGGAAUGGCUAAUCCUCCACUGAGAGCCCCAGGCUCUGGAGCAGUAUCUACACCUCUUAUGAGAGCCUCAGCUUCAGGAAUGAUGUCCACACCACUACUGAGGGCUACAGCCUCAGGAGGGAUAGCCAUGCCACAAAUGACAGCCCCGACCUCUGGAGACAUGUCUACACCACUCAUGAGGACCCCAGCACCUGGAACAACGUCCACACCACAGACCGCCUUUGGAAUGACACCCACUCUGAAUAACAAAGCCCCAGACUUGGGAGAGGCAUCUACCUCUCACUUUUUCCCUGGGGCAAAGAGCACACCACACAUGACUGGCACAAACCCUGAAAUGAAGAAGCCACCACCCAAAGAAGUGCCAUCCUUUGGUAUGCUGACCCCAGCACUCUGUUACCUCUUAGAAGAGCAAGAAGCAGCCCGGGCCGCUUCCUCUAUGGAGGAAGACUCAGAGGAGAUUGAUGAGGAGAAGCAAAUGAAGGGGUUUUUGGAUGAUUCUGAGAAAAUGGCGUUUCUGGUGUCUCUUCAUCUGGGGGCAGCAGAGAGGUGGUCCAUCUUGCAGAUGGAGGUAGGAAACCCCCUCUCGAGUGAAAAUAAAUCUUUCUUGAGAAGAUCACAGGGCUUAUAUGACUCCCUGUCCGAGAUAGACAUCCUAAGUGCUGUUCUUUGCCAUCCCAAGCAGGGCCAGAAGUCAGUCAGGCAGUAUGCCACUGACUUCCUGCUGCUGGCCCGACAUUUGUCUUGGUCUGAUGCCAUUCUGCGGACCAGGUUUCUGGAAGGACUCUCAGAAGCCAUUGCCACCAAAAUGGGUCGUAUCUUCCUGAAGGUGGCCGGCAGCCUAAAGGAGCUGAUAGAUAGGUCUCUGUACACUGAGUGCCAGCUGGCUGAAGAGAAGGAAUCCUCAGGCAACUCAAGCCACGUUGUGCCAACAGCUUGUAAGCGGAACAAUGAGGAGGCCAUGGAUAACGAACUGGGCUCUCAGCAGCAGACCGAGGAGCACCAACAUGUUGCAAAACGCUGUUACUACUUGAAAGAACAUGGAGACCCCAAGGAGAGUCUUCAUGACCACCUUCGACAGAGUGCACAGAAGGCCCCCACCAACAAGUAGUACUCCUUGAAGUCGUACAUGAUUUCUGACUUGGCUGCUAACUUGAGGACUUGUUCCUGGACCCAUUCCAUUCAGCUAUUAUCAUAAACCUUGUUGCCUUCAGCUUCCAGCCUUCCCCUCCAGGCGCAUUAUCUCCUUUUUGGUUGCCUUUACCUUCUCUUUCACCUACAUGCCUGUGACCUGCCCUGACAAUCAGCGUGGACUCUAAGAGUGUAUGGUGUAUGAAGUUCUGAACUCCCAUCAGCAUCGCCAUCAUCAUCAAGGCCAGUUCGAAUUCUUGGUCCAGGGAGAAGUCUAGGCAGGAGAAAUCAUGUCCUACCUCAAAACACCUUAGAGUGUCUUGCCAUGUGUCAUCAGGCAAACUUGAGGAAACCCUUGUCCCAUUCCACCUGGCAGGGAGCCUAUAAAGAGAGAGAUACCCACUUCUAUACCACCCUUUCAAACCAGUAGACUCAUCCUUAUAUGCCCCAACUCAUAGUAUCUAAAUGGGUCUCCAGGGCCCUUGCCCUGUUUAUAGUCUCGAUCCUGAACCAUUUGUUUUGACCCAUAAUAUUAAUAGUAGUGAUAGUAAUGGCUAACAAUUGUUGGUAAUGUGCCACGUGACAGGUACUGAGCUUUAAACCCUUGCCAAGCACCAUCUCACUACAGUGUUAUAGUACCUAACUUGUUCUUGUGUUGUUAGCUUCUGAUCUCUUGCUUAUGGCCCUUGUCCUUCAGUGUGGAAUCUCUAGCUAUGACCUCUGGGUGAUCCCCUCAGUUCUUAAUUGUCCUUGCUCCCCUUGGCUCUUGUGCUUUAUGGCCAGCACUCUUCUUAAGGGUCUUGGUGUCUAAACAGGUGUAGGUAUUUAGAACAUAAUAUGAACCGUGUUUG